GACAGCGUCAUCGGACGCCACCGACAUACUAUCUUGUGGGACAACAACAAAAAUACAUCAUCCCAAGUCACAAAAACAUAGCUUAUUGCAGUCUCUACACUCUGCUGUCUCCAAGGAUCAAGUGAUUCAGCCUUCGUCACUCUCUCCACAUCAGCUCCAGAUAAGCACUGCUUUUGUACAAGCUCCUGUGCACAAGGGCGAUUUAUAAAGGGCGCAGCAAUCUCGAGCCCACUCUUUCUCAUAAAUACUCGCUCUUUAUUUUGUCUUUUACCCCCCACUUUACGACUUCUCAAUCAUGGCCGGACGAUUCACCUAUACUCCCGCUGCGUCGUCUUACAUGCCAUUUUUCGAUCCCUUCAGUGCCGCAGCCGCGCAAAAUAGCCCCUUCAUACCUUCUCCUGCGUUAUUUCCUGGUACUCCCUCGCCUUACGCCCCCAAUAUACCCCUUCCCGGAGGUUCACCACUUCUUGGCCCCGUUCCCUUCCCAGCUACCCCAGGUGCUGGCCCCGAAGUCUUCUACGACCCAGCUGCUGGGUGGGUACCUCCCCGUCAACGUAGGCCUUCUUGGAACGGUCCCGAUCAUCCAUUCCUCAAUCAACCCUUAGGCGCUCGUCAACGAACCAACUCAUUCGGGGGUAUUGGCGGUCAAGCAAGUACUCACGGAAACCAGUUCUACGAUCCCUCCUUGUACAACCUUUACCAGCAGAAUCAGCAGCUACCCACGCAGCUUCAAAUCAAUCCGUGGCUCACUGGAUACGCGCAAGCAGGGUAUCUGUGGUUCGACUUGUCGAUGGCUGCGUUCAACCCAAUCCGGGUAGAUAAUAUGGGCAUGAAGGUGCCUCUUGGUAUGAACGAGCUCAGUGGUCCGGCCACGCACCCUCAUAUCCAGCGGAUGACCAUUAUUUGCGAUUCCAUGCCGUAUUGGCCCAUCACCAUCGGGGAUGGGAGCAGAGGGCUGGCGCUGGGAGACGUCUUGCAGGGAGUGUACCGUAUGAUGAUGUGGAGAAUCAGCGGGGCAGAAUGGCAGAGGUUUCCGGAGGGUGACAAGGCUGCCAUUGCGAAGGCCUUCGCUCGUAGGUGCAAAGCUCUAGGGAACCCUCAGUUGCAGAACGCGGAGAGGCAGGACGGAGUGAAGAGAGUGGAUCUUUUGUUGGGAAAGACGAUGUUCAGAGGGUUGGUUGUCGAAGGAGGCGUUUUCAAGCUUCUUCUUUUGUGAAAAUCGUUAUCAUUGUACCAUUGUGUUUUCUAUCUUGUUUACCAGUCAUGAUAUGCAUUAUGUUUAUUUAUAAAUAUGUGCUACGAAGAUUGUCCUGCCUCUUGCAACACAUACUGAGUCACCUCCUGUACAGUCCCAAAUGUUCGGUAGUUACCCGCUGCCACAUCUUCGCACGUCACCAGCACCGCACCCUCAGCCGAAUCUCCCUCAUCCACGAACCAGUCGAUAGUAUCCUGUGCUAUGGAGCCCAAGUCGAUACUGAUCCCGUUAAG